AGUGGAGCGGGACAUGAUGUCCGCAAACACCGAGAGAGGCGUCUACUGUGCCUGAAUCAAUCUGACCUGCAGGGCCUGCUUGGAUCUUCUCUGUAGCUGUCCGUUCGGGAUCUCAAAAGAUGAGUGUCGAGGUGGAGCGGAAGUUUGUGUGUGACGCCGGGAUGUGGAAACGGCUGGAAGAAAUCGGAGCUGUGUGUAUUGGUCAACGUGAGAUCCACGACCAGUACUUUGACACCCCAGAUUUUGAGCUGACUUUGAGGGACACGUGGCUACGUAAACGUGAAGACAGCUGGGAGCUGAAGUGUCCCCCAGCAGUCGGAAAGACGCAGGAGACGAGUGGAGAAGGACUGGAGGAGGCCUCUCUCUGUUCACGCUACAAGGAGAUCACCAGCCUCCCUGAGAUUCAAUCCAGAGUCAAAGAGGUCCUUAAGCACUGUGCUGGUGGUAGCCUCAACGCGGAUCCGCUCCCUGGUCCUUUGGUUACUGUCGGACAGGUAAGCCAUGAAGAACCAGGUGGACCAGAAGGAGUCGGCGACUCGUGGCCGGGGGAGCUGAACCUGCGGUGCUUUGCGGAGUUCACCACGGCCCGGCGAUCCUUCACCCUGCAGGAGGAGGGCGUGCAAAUAGAUCUGGAUCAGGCGGACUUCGGCUACACCGUGGGGGAGAUAGAAGUGCUGGUGCAGGAGGGAGAGGAGGUGGGGUCUGCUCUGGAGAAGAUCGAACGAGCAGCGAGGAGGCUGGGUUUGACCAGGAAUUUGCGAGUCGAAGGAAAAAUGGAUGUUUACCUCCAAAGAUUUUGCCCAGAGCAUUAUGUUAAACUACAAAGGGCACAUAUACUUUGAUAAAUGUUUUUAUAUUAAAGUUCAUACAUUUUAGGAAUUAUAUUUAAAUUGUACAAAUGUUUAACUGGUUUUCUUAAUUUACUUGCUACACAAGAAAAAUGUCUGUCUAUAUUAAAAUAUACUUCUGUAAAUUAAAAAAAUCUAUUUCUAUCUAA